UCGACCCAAAGUCUGCGCCACAGCUCCUUCAGUGGGUCAGCGUGAAGGUCUCUCACUGUCCCCACACAGAGCGUGCUCUCUCUCAGGUCCUGCUUCGUCUCUUGCACCCCUGCCUCAGCGGUUUCUCCCCCAGGGAGCGGUGACACUGCAGAGGGGGACGCCAGGAGGAGAAUGACCCUUGGGAAAAAUCGUUGUCACUUUUAAAAAUUGUGGAAUACAGCAGUUUUAUCUCAGGGUGGUCUGUUUGGUGCUUUGGUAGAAAGAUGAGGAAACGCUGGUUCUUGUCGUUUUGCGCUCUUCUUUGCGUGGCGAUCUCAGGCCUGGUCCCCGACACCCAUGCUCAGGAUGAUGGCAGACCAGCGCUGGCUGCAGAUAUAUACUUUCUAGUGGAUUCAUCGUGGAGCAUUGGACAAGAGAAUUUUCAGUACGUCAGACAGUUUCUGUUCAGUGCGGUAAAGACUCUGAGCGAGUGGAGCGAUGGGUUCCGCUUCGCCCUGGUGCAGUACAGCGGCUCCCCCAAAACGGAGUUCCGGUUAAACACGUACCAGGCCCCGCAGGACGUCCUGGCCCACAUUAGGAGCCUGGCGUACCGGGGGGGAGGCACCCGAACGGGGCGGGGCCUGGAUUUCCUGAUAAAGAACCACCUGACCGUGGCGUCCGGCAGCCGGGCCGCAGAAGGGGUCCAGCAGGUGGUGGUGGUCCUUACGGAUGGGCGUUCCCAGGACGACGUGGCCCCGCCCUCUUCCGUGCUGAAAAUGGCCGGCGUGGACGUGUUUGCGGUGGGGGUGCAGGACGCGGCGAUGUGGGAGCUCAGGGAGAUGGCUAGCGCGCCCCUGGACAUGCACGUGUACAACGUAGACAGUUUUACUGCCCUAUCGAACAUAGUCCAAGACUUAGUGGUCAAUCUGGGUGCGGCUGCAGGUUUUCCAGUGGCAGCUGAAGCCACUGGGAUAAUACAAGAUGUGACAGCACAAGAGUCAGCUGAUCUUGUAUUCUUAAUUGAUGGAUCAGAGAACGUUGGGGCCGCCAACUUCCCACAAGUCCGGGAUUUGGCACUCAGCAUCGUUGAGAGGCUUGAUGUGGGAAGGGACGCCAUCCGUGUGGCCGUCAUUCUGUAUAGUGCGGACCCUGAGGUUCAGUUCUAUCUUAAUAGUUACGACAGCAAAACGGCUGUCAUGGACGCCAUCAAGGGGCUUAGCUUCACGGGCGGAGAGGAGGCCAACUUGGGGGCAGCUCUCCAGGAGGUCGCCGAUACCCUCCUGACCCCCCAAGCGGGGGGUAGGUCGGAAGACGGGGUUCCGCAAGCUGUCGUGGUAAUCAGCGCUGGAGCAUCCAGCGACGAUCUCAGUUUGGGUGACAGGGCCCUAAAGCAAGCGAGUGUUUUUGUUUUUGGCGUGGCCGCUGGCGAUGAAAGCACCGUGCAGCUGGAAGGUAUUGCCACGGACAGGAGCUUUGUGUUGUCGGCGCCCAGUGUCAAUACUGUGGCCACUCUGGGGGACCAGCUGCUGCCAUACAUUAAUGGGGUGGCGCAACGCACCAUUGUCUUACACACCGAAGUGAUCGAAGACGUGGCUGUUGAGAGGAGGGACAUCAUUUUCCUUAUAGAUGGGAGCCAGAAUAUGGGUGGCACCCACUUCAAUGCCAUCCGUGAAUUCAUCAAAAAGUUUGUCGAUAUCAUGCCCAUUGGACCUGAUCAGGUACAGGUGGGUGUAGCCCAGUUCACCAACACCCCCAAGCUGGAGAUGGACCUGAACACGCACAGUACCAAAGAGUCCCUUAGCACUGCAGUCGGGAAGAUGCGCAUAAAGGGCGGCACUCAGGAGGUCAACAUUGGGGCUGCCCUGGAUUUCGUCAGGACCCAGAUGCUGCGGGCUGAUAAAGGGAGCCGCAUCGGCCAGAGGGUGCCCCAGCUGGUGCUGCUCUUCUCAGCCAAGAAGGCCAGCGACACCGUCGCCCAGCAGGCCACGGACCUCCACCGAAUGGGCGUCCUGACCAUGGCUGCUGGCUCCAAGAAUGCAGACGAGGAGGAACUGAAGACGAUCGCUUUCGACAAGAGCCUGGUCUUCAUGCUGAAGGACUUCCGUGGACUGGCCCGCAACCCCACGAUGCUCAUCUCUCCGCUCUCCACAAUCUCCGGAGUUGUCGUGACUGAGCGACCAACAGAGUCAAUUGAAAUAACAACGGUGGAGACCCAACGCAUCAUCAGAGAUAUUGUCUUCUUGGUGGACGGGUCUGACUACGUUGGAGAGGCCGGUUUCGCUCAUGUGCGUGACUUCAUCUCCCGCAUAGUGAACCAGCUGGAUGUGCGCCCAGAGAGGGUGCAGAUUGCCCUGAUGCAGUUUGCAAGGGAACAGCGCACAGAGUUCUACCUGAGUACUUACAACAACAAGAAGGAUGUUCUGGAUGCCGUGGCUCGGAUCAGGCCAAUGGGAGGAGAUGUUAUUUACACAGGGGCAGCCCUAGAGUUUGCCUUGGAAAACCUCUUUCAGCCAUCAGCUGGGUCCAGGAGAAGACAAGGGGUCCCGCAGGCAGUAGUUCUCAUCACUGGAGGCCCACCUCAAGAUGAAGUCAAACGGGUUGCCGAUAAGGUAGCAGUGGAGGGAGUUCUGACCUACACAGUUGGUGCUGGCCAGGUGGAUGAAAAUAUCUUGAAAACUGUUGCCUUUGUGCCCACCUUGGCUUAUUAUGUGAGCAGAUUCGAUGACCUGACAAGUGUUGUUGAAAACAUCAUGACACCUUUAAUCACAGUGGUGGGAGACACAGACACUAUUAUCACCGAAGUAGAAACUACUGAAGGCAAGAGGGACGUGGCAUUUCUCAUUGAUGGCUCUGAUGCUGUCGGAAGUGAUUUCCAGUACAUCAAGGACUUCAUUCUGAAUGUUAUCGAACCUCUCAACGUUGGAAUUGAUAAUGUGCGGGUUGCUGUGGUUCAGCACAGUGAGAGCCCCUCACCCAAUUUUUACCUGGACACUUACAAAACCAAAGAGGAUGUGUCUUUGGCCAUCAACACCAUGGGACUGGCUGGCGGUCGAACUCUGAACACAGGGGGAGCUCUGCAAUUCAUGAAGGACACGGUCUUUUCUGCAGAACGGGGCAGCAGAGCAGCUCAGAAUGUUCCCCAGUUCCUGAUUGUUCUGACUGCAGGAAAAUCAAGGGACAAUGUGAGAGGACCUGCUGGGGCACUGAAGACAGAAGGAGUCUUGCCCUUCGGAGUGGGGGUGAGGGAUGCAGACCAGAGUCAGAUUGCAGCAAUCUCCCACAAUCCUUCCUUUGCAUUCACGGUGAAGGAAUUCAGCCAGCUUAACAGGGUUCAGAAGCAACUGGGGAGUUUCGUCACCCUUUCCGAAGAGAACUUGAAGACGGUGAUAGAGCAAGGUGACAGCCAGGGUCCAAAGAAGGAUGUCGUCUUUCUGGUUGAUGGUUCCGAUGCCACCAGGCAGCAAUUCACAGCCAUCCAGGAAUUCAUCCGCAGGGUCGUGGAAAAUCUCAACGUUGGAGAGAACAAAAUCCGGAUUGGUGUGGUGCAGUACAGUGAUGCUGCAAGUGGGGAUAUCUACCUGAACUCCCAUACGACCAAGGAAGGCGUCUUAAAUGCCAUAAAAGGCCUGAGACACAGAGGGGGUAGGCAGCGUAAUUUGGGGAGGGCUAUAGAGUUUGUCAGCCGGGAUGUAUUAGUCCCCACACGUGGAGGCAGAAGACCAGACGGCGUCCCACAGUUUGUGAUUGCAGUCUCAGGGGGCAGAUCUUCAGAUGAUGUUACAGGUCCAGCCACAAAAUUAAAACAGUCAGGGGUGGUGCCAUUCAGUAUUGGAACCAGAGAUGUAGGUUCCCAGGAGCUUCAAAUGGUUUCCUAUGUUCCACAAUACGCUUACACUAUUGAUAAUUUCCCUGGCCUAUUUACCAUUCAGGACGGACUCAUCUCCACUCUGACAGAACUGUCAGAUGAAGAAAUUAGGAUUUUGCAACCCCAUUACCCAACAGUUUCACAGCCUGGAGACAAGAGGGAUGUGGUCUUCCUUAUUGAUGGAUCCACUACAGUGCGUAGUGAAUUCCCAAACAUCCGGGAUAUGAUCGGGAGGGUUGUAGACAAGCUGGAUGUAGGCCUGGACAAGGUGAGGGUCUCUGUGGUCCAAUACAGUGAAGAACCCAAGGUGGAGUUCCUCCUCAAUGAACAUUCCACUCCGGAGGAAUUGCGAGGAGCAGUGCGGAAGAUAAGGAACAAGGGAGGAAACAGACUGAACACAGGCCGAGCUUUGGACUGGGUGUCCAAAAACAUCUACCAGAGGUCAGCUGGCAGCAGGAUCGAAGAGGGGGUCCCGCAGUUCCUCGUACUGGUCACCGGGGGCAAGUCCUCAGACGACGUCUCGGGUCCAGCCAAUCAGCUGAAGUUAAGCCCGAUUGCUCCUCUUGCCAUUGGAAGCAGGAAUGCCAACGCUGAUGAGCUGCGGCUCAUAUCUUUGAAACCUGAAUACGCCUUCACAGUUACAGAUUUUCAAGAACUCCCCAAUAUUGAGCAACGCCUGCUAGCACCAGUGAAAACCUUGACAACAACAGAUAUAAUUUCCAUUCGUACUCCAGUGGACGUGGGUAAUAUCUCGCUUGGAAAAAAGGACAUUGUUUUCCUCAUUGACGGAUCAGACAGUGUGGGCUCCAGUGGUAUUGCCCACAUCCGGGACUUCAUACUGAAAGUGCUCCAGCAACUGGAUAUUAGUUCUGACCAGGUCCGCGUGGGCGUUGUUCAGUACAGCGACAGCCAGCAGACGCAGUUCUCUCUCAACUCCUUUGACAAGAAGCCUGACGUUCUGGCGGCGGUGAAGAGGCUCCGCCUCAUGGGUGGGCGGUCUGCCAACCUGGCCGAAGCCAUCGAUUACGUGUUACAAAACGAGCUCAAGCAAUCGGCGGGUGUCAGGCCAUCUGAGGCCUCCCAGCACUUGGUGGUGCUCACCGGGGGUCGGUCCCCAUCAGACGUCUCGCCUUAUGGCCCGCUGCUCAAGGAAAGGCAGGUUAAUUGCAUAGGAGUUGGUGCCGGUGCGGCUGACUCCAGGCAGCUGUCUCAGAUUGCCACCUCCCCAGCGGAUGUACUUCAGAUUCCCAGUUUCCCAGGGCUGGCCGGUAUUCAGGAGAGGUUCGUUGCCAGGCUUAGUAGCAAGGGACCUACAGGUGACAUUGAACCCACAGAUUUUGAUGACACAGGUUUAUCCCCUAAAGUAGCCGACAUUGUAUUUUUGGUGGACGGUUCAAUAAACCUUGGCAGAGACAAUUUCAAAGAAGUUAUGGAGUUCAUCAUGAACCUUGUUGACCUAUUUUUCACGGAGAGAGACAACCUGCAGAUUGGCCUGGCUCAUUAUGCUGCAGACGUGACUGACGUGUUUUACCUUAACACCUACAAGAACAAGAAUGACAUCGUUGAUGCCAUCACCAGGACGGAGUACAGAGGAGGUCAGAGGCUCAACACCGGUGCCGCCAUUAAGUACGUUCAGGGGACUCAUUUCACCAAGGAGAAGGGAAGCAGGAAAGAUGAGGGCGUGCCCCAGAUCCUGAUGCUCAUUAAGGGCGGGAAGUCUAAUGACGACGGGAAGUCGGCUGCCCUGGGUCUCCAAAAGGCUGGUGUUCGGAUCUACGCCGUCGGGGUGGGCGACAUUGAGGACGAGCUUUCCAGCCUGGGGAGUGAGGCAACCACUGUGCACAGAGCCAGAACUUUCCAGGAGCUCUCUGAACUUAACGAACAGAUCUUGCAGACUCUGGACGAUGACGUGAAGGGCCAGAAACACUGCACAGCGGAGCAAGAGCCCACAAGGGUCUGCAAGGUUGAGGUGCUGGUGGGUUUUGACGUGUCAGCACAGAACAUCUUUAGUGCCCAAAGGUCUCUGGAAUCCAAAAUGGGUGCCAUCCUCCAGAGGAUUAUGCAGAUGCAAGCCAUCAGCUGCACAUCUGGACAGGCUCCCUCUGUGCAGGUCGGCAUCCUGGCCAUGGACUCCGCCUCCGAACCCGUCCAAUUGGACUUCACAGGAGACCACGCCCAGCUUUUUGACUCCUUCAAAGCCCUCCGCACCCGCGGCCCUUACGUCCUCAAUGCCAAGACCAUUGAUGCCUACACCGCCAGAUUCCGCAACAGAGCCACAGAUGUUGUUAGAGUUGUGAUACACCUGACAGAUGGUCUGGAUGGACAGUUUGCGCAGAUGAAGGAGCGUAUUGAGGCUCUCCGUGUUUCAGGUGUGAACAGUUUCAUCCUGGUUGGCCUGGAGAGAGUUCCCCGGUUUGAAGAUGCUGUGCUGCUGGAGUUCGGCCGGGGCUUCCGCUAUACCAAACCUCUGCGUGUCAACCUGCUGGACCUGGACUACGAGCUUAUGGAGGAACUGGACAACAUUGCAGAAAGAGAAUGCUGCUCGGUGCCAUGCAAGUGCACUGGACAGAGGGGGGAUCGAGGAGCUGUUGGAGCUUCUGGACCUAAGGGUGGACCUGGAGGGGAGGGCUACAGAGGACAUCCUGGAGAUGAAGGCGGCCCUGGUGAGAGAGGUCCCCCAGGUGUGAAUGGAACCCAGGGAUUCCAGGGCUGUCCAGGACAGAGGGGCGUCAAGGGCUCUCGGGGAUACUCCGGAGAAAAGGGAGAAUUUGGAGAAAUCGGUCUGGAUGGAAUCAAUGGGGAGGAGGGAACAAGUGGAGUGGCAGGACCUCCAGGAGACAGAGGAAACCCAGGAAAUAGGGGUCCUAAAGGUGCUAAAGGCCAGGCUGGAGAUCAAGGAGAGACUGGCCUUAGAGGAGACCCAGGUGUAACUGGAGAAGACAACAAAAAGAGAGGACCAAAGGGUGACCCAGGCGAUGUCGGACCAGUGGGAGAAGCAGGAUCGAAUGGAGAGCAAGGUGGCCCUGGUGAACCAGGCAGGAGGGGUGCUGAUGGGAGGAGAGGUCCCCCUGGACAACCUGGGCCUGCUGGGAAACCAGGAGCUGAUGGUGUGGAGGGAGAGCCAGGCAUUGGAGGGUCUCGGGGCCCGCCUGGACCAAUGGGAACUCCAGGAACCAGAGGGGAGGAUGGGAACCCUGGACCCAGGGGUGCUGGAGGACCUUCAGGAGGUCCUGGUGAAAAGGGUAGAAGAGGAUCUGUUGGCCGCAAGGGUGAACCAGGAGAUCCUGGUCCUAAAGGUGUGGCUGGACCCCUGGGACCUCGCGGAGAGCCUGGUGAUGACGGCAGAGAUGGCUUUGGAAUCCCUGGACCUAAAGGAAGAAGUGGUGACGAAGGAUUCCCAGGGUUCCCUGGUCCGAAGGGUGCAGCGGGUGACCCAGGCCCUCAGGGAGGCCCAGGUCCAAGAGGAAACCGUGGACAGCGGGGUGUUGCUGGUAAUCCUGGUGAUCCUGGUCAGAAAGGGGAUGUUGGAUACCCUGGACCUCAUGGCCUGAAAGGACCAAGAGGACCUGGCGUGGUGCAAUGUGAAUUGGUGAAGAAGAUCAGAGAUAACUGCCCUUGCUGCUAUGGCGCUCAGGAGUGCCCGCUGUACCCCACUGAGCUGGCAUUCGCCCUGGACGUGUCGGACGGCACAGCCGGCCCAGCCUUCAACAACAUGAGGGAAGCGGUGCUCAAGCUGCUGGGCGGCAUCACCAUCUCCGAGAGCAACUGCCCCCGGGGGGCGCGGGUGGCCCUGACCCUGUACAACCAGGAGGUGACCACGGAGGUGCGCUUCGCCGACGCGCUGAAGAAGAGCAGCCUGCUGCAGCGCAUCGAAGGCUUGCAGCCCCUUCAGACCCGCAAGCCGCGCAGCCUGGAGAACGCCAUGAACUUCCUGGCCCAGAACACCUUCAAGCGCGUGCGCAGCGGCUUCCUCAUGCGCAAGGUGGCCGUCUUCUUCGUCAAUGGUGCUGUCAAGACCUCCCCGGCCUUCAGCGCCGCCGCCCUCCGCCUAUACGAUGCCGGCAUCGCCUCCGUCUUCAUCACAAACCGCGAGGACCGCUCGCUCUCCCAGGCCCUGAAGGUCAACAACACUGUGCUGGCUCAGGUCAUUGCUCUCCCCGCUCCUAGCAAUGCACAGUAUAACUCAGCCAUCGAGAAGAUCAUGAGCUGCCAUAUCUGUCUGGACUUCUGCUCACCCAGCCCGGUCUGUGACUUCAUCCCCCCUUCAUCGACGAGAGACAGACGCUCCUUCACCACUGACUUGGACAUUGAUGUGGCCUUCGUGAUGGACAGCUCUCAGAGCACCUGGCCCGCGGUAUUCAUGGAGAUGAAGCGCUACAUCGCCCACAUCAUCGACCAGCUUCAGAUCGCCUCCGACCCCAAGACCUCGGUAAACCACGCCCGUGUGGCGGUGGUCCAGCACGCCCCCUACGAGUUCAGUGCCAAUGGCACCGGUGCCCCCGUACGGGUGGACAUAGACCUGACCGACCACGGCUCCAAGGAGGACAUCAUGGACUUCCUGCAGGACAAGGUGACCCAGCUGGAGGGCUCUCUGUCGCUGGGCAAUGCCAUAGAGUACACCAUCGAGAACGUGUUUGAGAAGGCCCCGCACCACCGCGACCUGAAGCUCAUCGUGCUGAUGGUGACGGGUCCUGUCUGGCCACAGGAUGAGGAGAAGCUGGUGCGCCUGUCCACUGAGGCCAAGUGCAAGGGCUACUUCCUGGUAAUCCUUGGUGUGGGCGAGCACCUGGGUGUCACUGACGCCCGCAUCCUCGCUCGCAUGGCCAGCGAGCCCGCCAGUGUCUUCUUCAAGAGGAUAAAUGGCGCCACCCAGUUCUACGACCCGCACAUUCAGCGCUUUGGGCUCCUCCUUCCCAAAUACAUCAGCAUGGAGCACGCCUUCUAUAUGUCUCCUGAAGUUUCCAAGAACUGUCAGUGGUACCUGAGUGACCAGCCCUGGAAAUUUCCCUUCAAACACGCCCAAAAGAAAGAGGAGCAUCAGAAGCACCAUGUGAACCAGGUUGUGCAUCCAGCUAAGAGCAAAGAAGUGGAUACGGAGGAACUACACGUGGCCAACGUGACGUCCAGCAGCCUUAGGCUCCGCUGGUCCAGCUCCGACAGCAAGGGCAUGGCCCGCUACGAGGUGACCGUGAUGCGGCUGAGCGACCACUCCCUGGCCCUGCAGAAGAACGUGACGGGAACGGAGCUCCUGCUGGAGGGCCUGGAGAGCGCGCAGAAUUACCAAGUGGUGGUGGUCGUGUACGCGCAGGGCAAGCCUGUGCACACGCACAAGGGCAUCGUCAGUACCAAAGCAGCUGAGAAAAAGACAGUGGCUCCUGCCGAAGUGACUGCUACUCUUUCCACUGCUCCACUGGACAAACCAGAGCUAGCUAAUGAAAAUGCAGACCCGUGCGCACUUGAUUUUGACUUCGGAAUGCCAUGCAAAGACUAUAAGGCUAAGUGGUUCUUUGACAAAAAGCACGGGAUCUGUACCCAGUUCUGGUAUGGUGGUUGUGGAGGGAAUGCCAAUAGGUUCGAGACUGAAGCCCAGUGCAUGAGACGCUGCUUGAAAACAUCACCAGAACCCCAGGCCGGUGAGCAGCAGGAAGAGACCUCAGACCCACCUGCCCCAGCUGCCCUUUUCGGGGUGAACAUCUGCCAGCUCCCCAAGGAAGAGGGUUCAUGUGCAAAGUUUGUCCUCAAGUGGCACUACGACUUCCCCAGCAAGAGCUGCACCCGCUUCUGGUAUGGAGGCUGCGAAGGCAACCAGAACCGCUUCGACACCCAGGAGGAGUGCCUGAAGACCUGCGGGACAGCAGUGCCUGGCAAGCAAAAAAUCAUGGCAGCAAUGAAAACAUAGGAGAACAUCGGUGAAGAAAAUCAACUUUUACCUCUGUGGUGAUUCUGAGGAUAUCAAAUUAAAUGACCAAAACAGAAGAGCAAAGAAACAAUGACUGCACUGAUCCUGCAAAGGAUUCACUUGCAAAGCCUUGAAGUAGUCAUUUUUUUCUUUUCUGUCACAAUAAAGAAAUGAACCCAAAAAGGAAGAGGAUAAAAAGAGUGCUGCAUGAUUUUCGUACUGGUGCUAUACGCGUUUGCCAAUGGAGUUGUUGACCUUGUCCAGUUUGUAUUUUAAAGGUUCUGGAACAUGUACACAACUGUUUUCAAAAAUUAGGUGCAUUUUUUUAUAAUUUAAAACAAAAAACUGUAUGAAUAUCUUGGUCAGAGAAAUUUUUAUAAAACUUUUCUUUUUAACUGGCAUUACCGUAUUAAAUAAAAUAACUUCUUUAUUAGCAAAACACAGAUUUCAGACAGAUACUUUUUUCAGUAUUUUUAGACUCAUUCUGAGCCACUUGGCUAUGCUUUAGGAUUUCACUUUCAGCAAUAAAGAUUUACAUGGUAUAGAUUCUUUGGUUGUGUUUACAUAACUCUAAGUGAAAAUAUGUAUAUGAUGACAGUCACUCAGCAAUAGCAAACAGACAUGAUGUGUUGUAAAUGCACUUCUGGAACCCUUGCUUCACAAACAUGUUCCAGUUCUUAAAUAUGGAAUGUACUUGUCAAACUGAUAUUUUUUUGUUUGUUGAAUUUUUUGUUUUAUUUGGGGGGAGGGGAUGGGGAAUAAAAAUUAGACUUUCUAAUAAACUUAA